CCUCCUGGAAAUGAUAAGAGGAAACAGAUUGCGGAUGUUGACUACCCACUUACCAACUUCACACGAUAGAAGACAGUAGCCUCUGCUACUCGUUUCACUUCAAAUUAAGCACAUAAAACAAAAAAAUCUUACCGAAACGCUUGAAAAUGGUGACUUCAAACUGUCGCUGUGGCUAAACCAGAAUGCUUUCAAUAAUUCGCGAAGAUUCGACCGCGCUAGUUGGCAACACAGGCGCCGCAGGGAAGUAUUGUCAUUGUUUGAAGGAUAGGGCGGUGCGGGGCCCGCGGCCGGCGUGGAGGGUUGUGGAAGGAGCUAACCACCGUGUAGUUUGGCCACUGUUUAAUUUUAUCUUGACAUUCUCGUCGAAAAUAUUGCAAUAAGUAUGAGUGGAGGGAAAAAACCCCGUUGGCAAUGUGACACAGCCGAAGAAGAAUGUUCAAGGUUCGAGUUGUCAUCGGAAUUCCCAAAUGUGUCUGGAGCUCAUACAAUUGAAUAUGUAACCUCUCAUGAUGUUGGAACUAGUAACUCCCCAGAUCACAAUUAUGUGGCAGAUAUUGAAUGUCACUCUCUAUCAGUUAUAUCUAUGCCAUUGCAUACAGGAGCCACAGCAGUCAUAUUAAAUGAAAGGGAUGAUCUUGCGUCAAAUUAUGUUUACCCUGAAAUUGAGUCAACAGAAACUUGCUACAUUCCUGAGACAGUUGGGAGAACUUUGGAGGUUACCAAUGCUAUUAAUCUUGAAACAUUUACACAUCAUAUGAUUCAUCCUCUCACUCAGACCUCUCCUUCAAGAAAGGAAAUGGAACACCCAGAAGCACCAGCAGUUAUUUCUGAUGACUUGAGCAGGCAUGAUAGUGCUUCUGAUUCACCUGAAGAACCUUCAUACAUUAGUGGUGAUGAUAUUGAUAUAGAGAUGACUGCCAAUGACUCUAUGAGUUUUGAUAAUCAAUUAGUAAACCCAACAUUAGAUUUGGAGCAUUCUGCAACAGAGAAUGAAUGGGUCUUACCUGAUGCUUCAGCCUCAAUAGCUGCUGCCAUACUUUCUGAAAGUGUUAAUUGGGAACUUCCGGAAGAGAGGGAACAAGAUGUCUGGUUUGAUGCUGCAGAUGAUCUAACUUUCUCUUCCACUGUGCAAGAGGAUAAUAUAGAGACACUAGAACCUGAGCAGCUACAAAAUUAUGAGGCUUCAAGUCCUACAGACAAUCCGUUGUAUCCAGGUGCUCUAAUAAGUGAAAGUGAAAGUGCUGCAGCAAUUCUAACAUUUGCUCUGAACAGUGAAAUGAGUGGCCAAGAUCUUGCAAGAGUUCUAAAAUUAAUUAAGCUCCAUCUACCCAAAGAAAACAAUUUCUGGUCAACUACUUAUCAGUUUCACAAACAAUUUGAGGACAUAAAAACUCCUAUGAACUUUAUUUUCCCGUGAAACCGUUGUCAUAUGUGGCACAUGUGAGUCCCAGGUAUG